AUGACGGCCCCUACUCGGUUGCCCCUAGAUCUUGUGGAACUGGCUUCUCCGUGGACUCCCACGGCGGCCCCCUCUGCGGAAGCUGUCCAGCAUUUACUUGGUAGCCUUUCGGCUUCCGCAGUGCCCGCAGCUGAGGCGUAUGGAGAUGCCCCAAGGGCACCGUACACGUCUUUCUGGCGCAUUCCUUCCACGGGGUCCGCCACCUCCCGCAGCAGCAGUCGCUUGCUCCUUGUCGCUGGAGCCCUUGCCUCGAUACUAGCUGUUGCCUUCUUGCUUCUGCGGUGUUUCGCGCUACUGCGUGCGGAGUCCUAUUUGAGGCUUUCUGGGUCUCCGUCUUUUCGGAUACUGGCGGAAGAGGACGAUGUGUUUGCAUGCACGGGCAGUUCGGGGGGUUCCAGCCCAGGCGAGUCAAGGAGGAGUGCAGGACGACAGGCGUCGGGGGGCUUUGGCUUUCCUUCAAGGUUGUCGCCCAAAGUAAGAAAACAAAUGAGUGCGUUGACUUUGAAGAAACACGAGGCAAAAGAUUUGCUAGAGGAGGAGUUGUUGGAGGUGGCCUCUGCGCUCGGGCAGAUGCAGUCGCUGGUCGCCAAACUUGAGUAUCACAAUGGACGCUUUACCGAUCUGUCGACGCGGAUUGUCACCAUGAAGCUGGAGCAAUCACAAAAAGAACAAAACUUCGAGGACGGCGACGAGGAGGAUGAGGAGGACCUCAGCAUUAAAUUGGUCGCAGUGGAGGAGGAGUUGAAACUUGAGCAGAAAGAGCUGGAAACAGUCACCGAAAGCCUCCGAACGGUUGAGUUUCGGGAGUGGCAGGGUGUAGCGUCUUUGUACAUAAGGGGCGAAGCGUUUGUUGCUAGCGGCCGCUACAUAUCAGCGCCAGUUGCUAUGGCGCUGGUGGCGCGGUCAGUUGUCUUAGGAUCAGACGGGCACCUCCCCAAAGAGCUCUCGAUCGGUAGUAGGGCGCGUGUGGGGAUUAUGGUGACGGAGCUGGUGCUGCAGGCGCGUGCCUGCCGUUCCGAACUGGAGAGGUUGCACAGUAGUUACUUGGGCGGGAGUCGCCGUGUGGCGACGCUAGCAGAAGUUGCAGCUCCUGCCGCCCGCAGCGGUCGCGGCUUCCUCAAGGACUUGCAGAGUACAGCUAGUCUCAUGCAGAGUGCAGGCAUCUGGGAACAAGUCAAAAGUAUGGAGACUGAAUCCGCGAAUAUGCGGUCGGCCCUGGAAGCGGUUGGGCUGUCAUCCCCCAAAGGCUCGCCAAGUGCAACGAAGCGCACCUCGCGCACCAGCGUCUUUGACUUUAAAACCCCCUGGAGGACGUGGUGGCCGAGCUUCAAACGUUCUUCGGGACGGUCUCCUCCAGCGGACUUCCUCCUUACUGCAGGACAAUCGAAAGAAGGGUCCCCUCCCUCAAGAACGACAGAUGAACCACUCUCCUCCCUCUUUCAAAGCAAAGUUUCAAUCACAUCCUCCUCCCGCUCGGCCGACGAUGCAAUGCAGAGAGCGCCCCGCCUGUCAACGGCUUCUUACCUUGACGGAAAAAGAAAGGGCAAGUCGGGGAUGCAACACGCGAGCUCCUUCCCCGAACUAUUCUCGAAUUUCUUCGGGUUUCCAUCUGGUGGCGUGCCAGCACCAACAGGACCGCCACGCGCAGCAAGAACAAGCCGGGGCAGCGCCCCCCCCAGCCCCGAACCUUUUGACGAGGAUUCAGAGGAGUCUUUUGACGCGGCUGUUGCACAGGCGGCGGAUGAGUUUUGGCGUACUGGGAGGCUUCCGCAACAGCCCCUUUCCUCUGGCGGCUCUAUUCUGAGUGGGGCCGACAUGUUCGGACAAAGGGGGGUUAAGACCAUGCAACGUUGGGCAAAGGAUUCAGAGGCCGCACUUGGGGAGAGCGGCUUCGGCUACGCGGAGGUGCAGAGAUUGAAAUACCAAGUCACGGCGGGAAAGACAAUCAUGGCUGCCUGGAGUCCGGCUAGAGAAGCCUCAGCAACCGCUCGCCUCGAGAAGGAGCUUCUUGAAGAAGUCCGAGAGCAGCUAGGUGAAUGCGAAACAAUGAUGGGGCGGCUGAUUGAACGUUUAGUGGAGAGGGCCACAUCAAUUAUCACUUCAGCCGAAGGACAGAUAAAGGAUGCUUUAAGAACAUUGGAGCAAGCCAUGGCAAGGUCCCACGUAAGCGCAUUAAACCGCGUUUUAUACGGUCGAGUGAUUCUAGGCGUAGCUGAAGCCGUCAAGAAAGCACAGAAGACGCAUGAAACGUACUCAAGACUGGCCGAAGAGGUGCCCGAGGUCUCCAAGAAGCUGAACCAAGCCCUCCUUGGCCUAGCCAAAAGCGCACUGGAAACUGCUUCGCGUGUCGACGUUGCCUCCCUUCAGGCGACAAGCUUCGCUUCUGGGGAGGCAGAGGAGGAGGAGCCAACAAUAUAUCUAGGAAAAAGCUUCCGCACACUCUUGGGGGAAAAAGCACCGGGAGGGGCAGCAGCAACGGGAGCAGCAGGAACUUUCCCGCGCGUGUCUACCACACGAACCCAGCCGAGGAGGGCUGAAUUAAGAUAUGCACCACCUUCGGUAGGUGGGUCACUCGCGGACCUUAUUCUAGAUCCCCCAGGGGAAGGUGGGGCAAGGCUCAUGGCUUCUGCAGGAAGAAAGGCAUCCAAUGCGGCAUCGCGCCUACAUCCGCGAUAA